AUGGCGGGCGCCGGGCGGGGCCUGCGGGGCGAAACGGGGGCGGGAGGGGACGGGACCCCCGAACCCUCCGAGGUGACACCGGGGGGACCCCAAAUUUUGGGGGGGUCCCCAAAACCCCCCAACCAAUGGGAGGGGGGGGGGGAACCGCAAUCCCCCACAGCGGAGGGGUACGGGACAGAGCCCCCCCCCCAUUCCCGGCAGCAGUAGCGGCGUCACCCCAGGGGAACCGAGGGAUCCCCAGCGCGGGGGGGGCGGGAGGCGCCGCAGGCCCGGGGGAGGGCGCCGGCGGUUGGGGGGUUACCGGGCCCGGUGCGGGAGGGAAGCGGAGCACCGGGGAGCCGCUGCAAGGGGCAGGGGCGCGGGUUCGGGGGCGGGGCAGGGGGGUCCGCCCGUACCGGGGGCCGGGGACGCUGCGCUGGGGCCGCGGCCGCUGCCGGAGCCGCUCCCGGGGCCGCCGCGCUCAGCGGCCAUUCAUUGUGCGGCAGGCGCGACCGGCCGAGCGCCGAGCGCGCCGCCCGCGCCUGCGCGACCAGCCGAGCGCCGAAUCAUCCACCCGCGCCGCCCGGUGACCACGCGGAGUUUUAAGGGGGGAGAGGCGGAAAACGCGCGGGGAACGGGCGGGGAACGCGUGGGGAGCGCGAAGGAAAGGCGCGGGGUGCUGGCGCACCGUGUCCCGCGGGCGGGGUGCGGCGGGAUCGGUUCCUCCCGGCGCCGCCGGCGGGCAAUGCCGCGGGAUGGCGUUUGGGAGAGGCGGGCGGAGGUUUUCUAACCCUGCGCGGCCGCCGUGGUCACGUGAGCGGCGCAAGAUGGCGGCGCCCAUCCGCCGCACUCAGGACCCUCUGCAGAGCCCCCCCGGUGCCUCCCACCAUGGACGGAGCCGGGCCGGGGGCGAUCCCGGAGGGGUCGGGGGCGACCCCCGAGGGCUCGGCCGGACCCCCCCCAGAGCGAGGGGGAGCCCCCGGUACCGGCGAGACGCUGAUCACCGAGGGCCGCGCCACCAUCGUCUUCCCCAGCGCCAACGAGGUUUUCUACAACCCCGUGCAGGGCUUCAACCGCGACCUGACCUGCGCUGUCCUGACGGAAUUCGCUCGGCUCUGGCUGCGCCCCAAAGGAAUUCGGGUCGUUCUUCCCGGCGAGGAGGAGCCGGGGGGGAGCCCCCAGAGCCCCCCCGAGGCCGGGGACCCCCCAGGAGCCCCUGAGACCCCGCGGACGGCGCGGCCGGGAGAGCCCUGCGAGGGUGGGCUCCGUGUGCUGGAGGCCCUGGCAGCCUCGGGGCUCCGCUCCCCUCGGGGCUCCGCUUCCGUGCGCUUUGCCCGGGAGGUUCCGGGGCUCGGGGCCAUCGUGGCCAGCGACUGCUCCCCCCGGGCCACCGAGCUGAUGGCGCGGAACGUGGCCAGGAACGGCGUGGAGGGGCUGGUGACACCACAGCUGGCUGAUGCCAGGAUGCUGAUGUACCAAAGCAAAGCCCAGCGCCAGCCCUUCGACGUCAUCGACCUGGAUCCCUACGGGAGCCCCGCGCCCUUCCUGGACGCGGCCGUGCAGGCCGUCAGCGAGGGGGGUCUGCUGUGCGUCACCUGCACGGACAUGGCGGUGCUGGCCGGCAACAGCGCCGAGACCUGCUACAGCAAAUACGGCGCCGUGUCCCUCAAGGGCAAGUUCUGCCACGAGAUGGCGCUGAGGAUCGUCCUGCACAGCCUGGACCUGCGCGCCAACUGCUACCAGCGCUUCGUGGCGCCGCUGCUGUCGGUCAGCGCCGAUUUCUACGUGCGCGUCUUCGUCAGGGUCUUCACGGGCCAGGCCAAGGUCAAGGCUUCGGCCAGCAAGCAGGCGCUGGUGUUUCACUGCACGGGGUGCGGCUCGCACCACCUGCAGCGCCUGGGCAGGGCCAGCAGCCACGGCAGCAGCUUCAAGUACAGCCCGGCCACGGGACCGCCUGUGGGUCCCACCUGCGAGUUCUGCCAGCAGCGCCACCAGGUGGGGGGCCCUGUGUGGGCUGAGCCCCUGCACGACCCCAGCUUUGUGGAGGGGGUGCUGGCGGCGCUGGAGAGGAGCCCCGGGCGCUUCCAGACGGAGCCGCGCAUGCGGGGGAUGCUGAGCGUCAUCGCCGAGGAGCUGAGCGAUGUCCCCCUGUACUACACCCUGGACGGGCUGAGCAGCACCGUCCGCAGCAACACGCCGGCGCUGCUGCAGCUCAGGUCGGCCCUGCUGCACGCGGGGUUCCGCGUCUCGCUGUCCCACGCCUGCCGCAACGCCGUCAAGACGGACGCGCCGCCGGCCGUGCUCUGGGACAUCAUGCGCUGCUGGGCCAAGCUGCACCCGGUGAAGCUGGAGCGGCUCCCGGACUCCAGCCCGGCCGCCCGGAUCCUCUCGGUGGAGCCCACGCUCCAGGCUUCCUUUGCCCUCCACGAGGACGCCAACCCCAGCUCCCGCAGGCGCGGCCUCAAGAGGUUCCCCGAGAACCCCGAAGCUUUUUGGGGUCCCAAGGCCAGGGCCAAGCCCGGGGGGGGCAUCGCCCCCUCCCUGCAGGAGAAGAGGGAGAGGCUCCAGAACAAGAGGAGGCAGCGCCGGGACGGGGCCGGGCUGAAACAAUUCCCCUGCAAACGCUUCAAGGAGGGCACCUGUCCCCAAGGCGAGCAGUGCUGUUACUCCCACCACGAGCCCCCUCCCCAUUAAAACAAAUUUUUUUUACCCAAA